UCCUACAGAUUGACAGCAGACUUUUUUUUUUUCUAUCUCCAGUGUGUGGUUUUGUCUCUCAGACACAUUUGCUCCAUCUGAUAUGUAAUCUAACCAUGUUUCUCACGCAAAGAAAGCCACAGGGUUUAUAAGAGCAGCCAGGAACCAGGUCCAAGGUGCAGACGGAUCCAGCAGACACACAGCAUGGUCUGCUGUGUUGGUAAAAGAUCGAACCUUUGAGAGGGGUGGAAGAAGUCUUCAGUCCUUCACUUGACUCAGAAGACGGCUCUGAUUGUGUACGCCCACCAGAGCCCCGGCUCGUUCAACGCAGCGGUUCGUGAUGUGGCGUCUCAGGAGCUGACGGAGCAGGGAUACAGGGUCAUCGUGUCCGACCUGUACGCCAUGAACUUCAGAGCCAACGCCACACAGGAUGACAUCAUCGGUGAUCUGAAGAACUCAGAGCUUUUCCAGUACGGAGAGGAGACCAUGCACGCCUGGAUGGAAGGCCGCCUGAGUGACGACAUCAUGGCCGAGCAGCGCAAAGUAGAGGAGGCCGAGCUCAUCAUCUUCCAGUUUCCUUUGUACUGGUUCAGCGUGCCUGCCAUCAUGAAGGGCUGGAUGGACAGAGUGCUGACACAAGGCUUCGCUUUCUCCCUGGAGAAGAUGUAUAAUAAUGGUAUUUUCAAGGAUAAGAAAGCAAUGUUGUCCUUCACGACUGGAGCGACACAGACUAUGUUCCAGCCUGAUGGGAUCAACGGAGACAUCAACAUCACACUGUGGCCUCUGCAGAACGGCACUCUGCACUUCUGUGGAUUUCAGGUCCUUGCUCCUCAGAUAUUCUGGAGUCCAGCUCACUGUCCCCCCAUGGUGCGAACCGCAAUGCUAGAAGGGUGGCGAGGCCGACUGAAGGGACUGCUGGCAGAAAAGCCUUUGACCUUUGCCCCCUGUGAGCUGUUUGACCUCAGCUUCCAGGGGGGGUUCUUGCUCUGGCCCAAAGUGAGGGAGGAGCGAGAGUCGCAGCCCUACGGUAUCACCACGGGACAUCAUCUGGGAAAGCUGCUGCCGCCCGACAACCAGACCAGAGCUCAGCCCAGUGAUGAAAAUAAACCAGACUGCAAGAACUAGGACCUCCUCGUCACUCAUGAUUGUUUCUUUAAACUCUGUUUAUGUUACAAGAUCAUUUUAAUACCAAAGUAUCUGAUUUUAGAAAUGCUUUGUUCACUGAAGCUGAAAUAAAACCAUUUACUGUAA